CAGCAGCCUCCAGGCAUAACUAUUCAAGAUGCAUCCGGGUGUCCUGGCUGCCUUUCUUGUCUUGAGCUGGACCCACUGUUGGUCCCUGCCCCUUCCUGAUGAUAGUGAUGGUGAUUUGUCUGAGGAGGACUUCCAGUUUGCAGAGAACUACCUGAAAUCAUACUACAAUCCCCAGAAUCCUGCUGGAAUCUUGAAGAAGACUGCAACAAGUUCUGUGGUUGAUAGGCUCCGAGAAAUGCAGUCUUUUUUUGGCUUAGAAGUGACUGGCAAACUUGAUGAUAACACCUUAGAUAUCAUGAAAAAACCAAGAUGUGGAGUCCCUGAUGUGGGUGAAUACAAUGUUUUUCCUCGAACACUCAAAUGGUCUAAAAUGAAUUUGACCUACAGGAUUGUGAAUUAUACCCCUGAUCUGACUCAUUCUGAAGUUGACAAGGCUUUCAGAAAAGCCUUCAAAGUUUGGUCUGAUGUGACACCUUUGAAUUUUACCAGACUUCACAAUGGUACUGCUGAUAUCAUGAUCUCUUUUGGAACUAAAGAGCAUGGUGACUUCUACCCAUUUGAUGGACCUUCUGGUCUGCUGGCUCAUGCUUUUCCUCCUGGGCCAAAUUUUGGAGGAGAUGCCCAUUUUGAUGAUGAUGAAACCUGGACAAGCAGUUCCAAAGGCUACAACUUGUUCCUAGUUGCUGCCCAUGAGUUUGGCCACUCCUUAGGUCUUGAUCACUCCAAGGACCCAGGAGCACUCAUGUUUCCCAUCUACACCUACACUGGCAAAAGUCACUUUGUUCUGCCUGAUGAUGAUGUUCAAGGGAUCCAGACUCUCUAUGGUCCAGGAGAUGAAGACCCCAACCCUAAACAUCCCAAAACUCCAGACAAAUGUGAUCCCUCCUUAUCCCUUGAUGCCAUUACCAGCCUCCGAGGAGAAAUGAUGAUCUUUAAAGACAGAUUCUUCUGGCGCCUGCAUCCUCAGCAGGUUGAACCUGAGCUGUUUCUAACAAAAUCAUUUUGGCCAGAACUUCCCAACCGUGUUGAUGCUGCAUACGAGCAUCCUUCUCAUGACCUCAUCUUCAUCUUUAGAGGAAGAAAAUUUUGGGCUCUCAAUGGUUAUGAUAUUUUGGAAGGUUAUCCCAAAAAAAUAUCUGAACUGGGAUUUCCAAAAGAAGUUAAAAAGAUAAGUGCAGCUGUUCACUUUGAGAAUACAGGCAAGACUCUCUUCUUCUCAGAAAACCAAGUCUGGAGUUAUGAUGAUACUAACCACAUUAUGGAUAAAGACUACCCUAGACUAAUAGAAGAGGACUUCCCAGGAAUUGGUGAUAAAGUAGAUGCCGUCUACGAGAAAAAUGGUUAUAUAUAUUUUUUCAAUGGACACAUACAGUUUGAAUACAGCAUCUGGAGUAAUCGCAUUGUUCGCGUCAUGCCAACAAAUUCUUUACUGUGGUGUUAAAUGUCUUUUGAAAAUUGUUAUUUAAAUCCUGGAGAACAUUUUGAAAAAUACUUCCAGAAGUAUUGGGUAUGGGGACAUAGGCAGAUAUCAGGAGAAAGCUUAGUUCUGUGAACAAGCUUCUAUAAGUUAUCUUUGAAUAUGUAAUAUCUAUAUGGCUAUGUGUGGCUGGAUCCAUACUGAAGAAUUUUAAAGUAAUGAAACUUAUUACCUUUAAGGAUCGAUCACCUGAUUCUUGUGCUGUAACAGUUAGCACUAUUUCCCACUCCAAAAAUGAGAUGUGUAGUCUACCAAAAAGAGUUAAGAUACUUAUUAAAUAUAUUUAUAAUGAAACUUUGCUAAGACAUAAAAGUAAAUCAAAUUUAUGUAAUUAACAAAUUGUCUUACUAAAAAAUAUAAAAUAGUAUGAAAAUUGAUUUUUAAAGAACAUAUGGUAGCCAUAUAUUAAAAAAAUGAUAAAAGGAAAAAUAUCUGUAAUAA